UACUGGCUGUAAGAACUCUUUUCCAUGGCGAACUCUCAAACAUCCGCGCCAAAGAUGGAAUACGUACGCCUCGGUAACUCCGGACUGAAGGUCUCUCGUAUCAUCAUGGGCUGCAUGUCGUAUGGCCACAAGGGCUGGUAUCCCUGGGUCAUCGACGAUGAGGACGAAGCCUGCAGACAUAUCAAGUUCGCGUAUGAUGCCGGAAUCAAUACGUUCGAUACCGCGAAUAUGUAUUCCCACGGCCUAUCCGAGGAAAUACUUGGGAGGGCUAUCAAAAAGCUCGACCUUCCCCGCGAAGAACUCGUUAUCAUGACGAAGGUGUACGGUGUCGUGGGACCCACGUACGACUGCAACUUUGUCGUUGGGCCUAAGACGCCUGAGGACUACGGAAUAAUCAACCAACAUGGGCUUACUCGAAAACACAUCUUCGAUUCUGUGAAAGCGAGCCUAAGGCGGCUGCAGCUCGAUUACAUCGACGUACUCCAAUGCCAUCACUUCGACUAUAAAACGCCUGUAGAGGAGACUAUGCAAGCCCUGCACGAUGUCGUGAAGGCUGGCUAUGUCAGACAUAUAGGCAUAAGCGCGUGCUGGGCAUAUCAAUUCCAUCAAAUGCAAAACUACGCUAUUGCAAACAAGCUCACGCCUUUCAUUUCACUACAGAACCACUACAAUUUGCUCUAUCGUGAAGACGAGCGAGAGAUAUACCCUACGAUCAAGAUGUUCGGCGUGGGGUCGAUUCCUUUCUGCCCUCUGGCCCGCGGCCUCUGCUCCCGGCCCUUCGGCGCUCAGUCCAAUCGCGGCCAGCUUGACCAGUACCACGCAGAGUACAUGGGUUUUGGCUCUGAGCUGAUUAUAAAGAGAAUCGAAGAGCUGGCGAGCAAGAAAGGCGUCAGUAUGGCGCAGAUCUCCAUCGCCUGGUUGCUCCACAAGGGCGUAACCGCUCCGAUUGUUGGCACUACGAAUAUGUCUAACUUGCUAGACAUUAUUGGUGCCAUUCACGUCUUCUUGACUGACAGAGAGAUAAAGUUCCUCGAGGAGCCGUACAUCCCUAGGCCCAUCAAUAGCCAUGCGUAAUGAAAAAACUUCAUGUCCUCGAUAGAUGUGGAAUAAGGAAAUAU